AUGCUACGCAUCCUUGGACCUGGCAAAUGCUUUCCCCAUCUCCGCCCCUCGCGGGCAUUCUCCACUACACCCCUCAGAGCUAAUGACUCCCCCGCCCUCAACUUCCGCUCACUGCUCUCCGCUCUCCGCGCCCAGGACGACCUCAUCGAUAUUACGCAGUCCACCUCCCCUGAUCUUGAAAUCGCCGCUCUGACUCGUCGCGUAUACGAGACAAACUCUCCUGCCCCCCUCUUUCACAAUGUCACCAACACAGAACCUGAAACCGGUCUCUUCAAGAUCCUCGGUGCCCCCGUCGGUCUCCGCGCUGACCCCGCCACCCGAUUCGGCCGUUUAGCCAUUCAAAUCGGCCUUCCACCGACUGCCACCCCGCUGGACAUUCUCGAGAAGCUUAUCGCUGCUAAGCACUUGACUCCACUACCCCCAAUUCCUGUUCCGGCUUCUUCUGCCCCAUGCAAGGAGAAUAUCCUCCGUGGGUCCCAGAUUGACAUGACCAAAUGGCCUAUUCCGCGUCUUCACCCACUUGACGGGGGCAACUACCUAGCCACAUAUGGCUUCCAUAUUCUUCAGUCUCCUGAUAAAGCAUGGACGUCAUGGUCGAUCUCCCGUGCUAUGCACAUCGCAAAUACGCCCCGUACCAUCACCGCACCGAUCAUGCCGGGCCAACAUAUCGCCCAGGUGCAUAAGAUGUGGGCCGACCAAGGCGCGAAAGAUACCCCUUGGGCACUAGUCCUGGGUGGGCCUCCAGCUGCCGCCUUCGUUGGGGGCAUGCCUCUUCCCGCAUUCGUAUCCGAAGAUGGCUACAUCGGUGCUCUCUGCGGUGAAGCAAUGAAGGUGGUGAAAUGCGAAACGAACGACCUCUACGUCCCCGCCAACGCAGAGAUCGUGCUCGAAGGCCGCAUCAGCACGACCGACGAAGUCGGCGAGGGCCCGAUGGGCGAGUAUCACGGGUACAUGUUCCCGGACAAGGCAGUGCCCGAGCCGAAGAUCGAAGUGGACUGCGUGACGUAUCGGCGGAAUCCCGUGGUCCCGAUCUGCGUGGCGGGGUUAGCGCCUGACGAGACGCACACGGUGUGGGGGGCAGCGAUAUCAGCGGAGAUCCUGGAUGCGUUGAGGGAGGCGGGAUUGCCGGUGAAGAUAGCUUGGAUGCCGUAUGAGGCGCAGUGUUGUUGGGUGGUGGUUAGUGUGGAUGUGGAGAGGCUGGGGAGAAUGGGGAUGAAGAAGGAGGAGCUGUCGAGGAGGGUUGGAGAGGUAGUCUUUGGGACUCAUGCGGGGUGGGAGGCGCCCAAGGUGUUUGUUGUCGGGGAUGAUGUUGAUGUUACGGACAUUGGGCAGUUCGUGUGGGCGCUGGCGACGAGGUAUCGUCCUGGGGCUGAUGAAUUAGUGUUUGAAGAAGCGGAUGGCUUGCCUAUGAUUCCGUAUAUGACCAGAGCGAGUAGGGCGGAGGUGCCGAAUCCGGGGAAGGGCGGGAAGAGUGUCGUGAAUUUAUUGCUGCCGUCGGAGUUUGAGGGGAAGAGGCCCUGGGUGCCGGGCAGCUUUGAGGGGUUGUAUUCGGAGGAAUUGAAGCAGAAAGUGCUGGGUAGAUGGGAAGGGCUGUUUGGGAAGAAGUGAGUAACGUACCUAGGGUUGAGUUGAGCCAAUCUUAAGAUAAGGUUUCGGGAAGAAUCUGGGAACUUGGUUUCCAACUGUCAGGCACAGGAUUGUUUAUCAUGAACUAAAUCGACAUUAGUGGAAUGUUGACAACAUUAUGCGCUAGAUCAAAUGAGACGGGCGCUAUAAUCAAUUCGGCUAUAGGAG